GCAAAGAAUCAAAGCUGGAUCACUUGAUCCGGAGCAAGCAGCAUCGCAACACCGUACCCCUCAAAAACCUCUGCCCCGCGUAACCUGGGAAAAGGGAUCGCCGAACAAAAUCUGCCUUGUUCCAGUGGAUCAAGCGCAUCGGCAUCUCCUCGUCCCCAUCCUUUCCCCUCCGAAGGAAAAAGCAUCUCUCGCGCAUAGGCCAUCAUAUCCCUAGCCUUCGACUUAAACUAAAAGGUAGUGGCGCCUUUUUCUUUGCUCCGUCGCCAUGGCUUCCCCAAGACUUCCUCUUCUUCUCCGCCUCGCCCCCCUCGUUCUGCUCUGCCUCUGCCUCUCACCGGUGUGCGCCGCCGGGAGAGUCCCGGUGUCGGUCUACUACGAGACGCUGUGCCCGUUCUGCUCCGCGUUCGUCGUGAACGACCUCGCCAGGAUCUUCCACGAUGGGGUCUCCUCCAUCGCUGACCUCAGGCUAGUCCCGUUCGGCAAUGGGCGCGUCUCCGCAGACGGAUCCAUUACCUGCCAGCAUGGAGAGGGCGAGUGCCAACUCAACGCUAUAGAAGCUUGUGUGAUCAGGCUAUGGCCUAAUGCGGAGCAGCAUUUCCCUUUCGUUCAAUGCGUUGAGCAUUUAGCACUGACACGGAAAUGGGACGCAUGGCAGUCUUGCUUUCAGGAAACUGGCCUGGCCUCUCAGCCUGUUAUUGACUGCUACAACUCAGGAUAUGGCAGGCAGCUUGAGCUGCAGAAUGCUGCCGAGACGAAUGCUCUACAGCCUCCUCAUCAGUUUGUGCCAUGGGUGGUCGUUAAUGGGAAACCGCUUGGUGAGGAUUACAUGAACUUUGAGGCCUACAUCUGCAGCGUUUACGAUGGCAAACUUCCAGAGGCGUGCAAGGGGAAGCACCUAGCAAUCGCUCAACACACGAGAGCGAGCGGAGGAGACAAGGUGUGCCCAGUUAGCAAAAUUAUCAGCUAAUUUGCGUAUGAGAAAAAAAAAUUGAGAGCGCUUACUUUGAAAUAGAAUCUUGUUUCAAGAGGUUCUACAUAUCAAAUGGCCUGCUGGAUCUUCUUGUAUUUUGAAGUUUUUUCACAAAGACUUGUAUUUGGAGUUAGACACCUUUUUGACAGAAAAACAUCCACCUUCUUUGAAACUUGAAAGAAAGGAAUGUGAUAGUUUCCAUGCUUUGAUGCUUCCAGCAUUUCAGAACAACUUUUCCUGUAGUAUGUGACUCAUUUGCUGAGAAUUCACCAACCUGUUUUACUAGCA